AUGUUCCUGGCCGUGCCGUCGCAAGGUGACAAGCCGCGCUGGUACCGCCUCCUCUGCGCCGGAGGUGUGUCACGGUCCGAUCCGUGGAGAGAGGUCGACAAUCCUGACCAUGGCGCCAUGCUCUUCUUCAAGAACACGCUGGCCAAGGCUCUCAACAAGCCGACGGUGAAAGCGCUGGUGAUCGUCUCGUUCCUGCUGUACCUGGCCGGCGCCAUCUACGGCUGCCUCCACGUGCAGGAGGGCCUGGAGAAGCAGCGGCUGGCCGGCCCCGACUCCUACAGCGUGCAGUACUUCCAGACGUCCGCCAAAUACUUCAGCGACUUCCCGUACCGAAUACAGGUCAUCGUGGAAGGCCGGCUCAACUACUCGGACCCGAAGGUGCAGCAGGAGGUGGAGACGCUGCUGCAGAAACUGGAGUCGAGCCGCUUCGUGGCCGACAAGUUCUACACGGACUCGUGGCUGCGUGACUGGACGGGGACGCUGGAGUGGGGUGGCGACGUGCUGGAGGUGGACCUCUCUACAUACGAGAAGUGGACGGAAAGCCUCAAGAGGGUGAUGCUGAGCGGGCCAGGGGGCACGCCCCAGCUGGACGUGGCGUUUGACGAGACGGGCCGGCACAUCGUUGCCUCCCGCUUCAUCAUCCAGAUCAAGGAUGUCCAAGGCGAGACGGAGAGCAGCCUGAUGAUGGAGGAGCUCCGGACUAUCUGUGACCAGUCUCCGCUCGAAGCCGAAGUCUUCGAUCCUCGUUUCAUCUUCUUUGAUCAGUACACCUACGUAAGAAGCAUCACCAUACAGUCCACAGGCAUUGCUGCCAUCAUCAUGUGCAUCAUCUCGCUCAUCUUCAUCCCCAACCCGAUCUGCUCGCUGUGGGUGGCAUUCAGCAUCCUCAGCAUCGAGAUCGGCGUCAUCGGCUACAUGUCGUUGUGGGGCGUGAAUCUGGACAGCAUCUCCAUGAUCAAUCUCAUCAUGUGCAUUGGCUUCUCGGUGGAUUUCUCCGCGCACAUCAGUUACGCAUACAUGUCAGCGCGCGGCAAGUCAGCCGACAAGAGAGUGGAGGAGAGUCUGUACGCCCUGGGACUGCCGAUUCUACUAGGGGGCCUCUCCACAAUAGCCGGCGUGAGCACGCUCUGUCUAGCGCCUUCCUACAUCUUUGAGGUCUUUUUCAAGACCACCUUCCUCGUGAUCACGUUCGGCCUGAUGCACGGCCUGUUCCUGCUGCCCGUGAUGCUCUCACUGUGCGGGCCGGGCAGCACCCUCUGCGGCUUCCGCAAACGGGAGCGUGACUCGGCCGAGAGCGCCAGCUCCGCCGACCCACCGACCUACCUCGGCCCGCCGUCGCUGCUCGCCACCGGCAGCGACAAGUGUCCAAACCCUCCGCUGGCCGUCGCGCCGGGCGCGCUCGGUGUGUACAGCAACGAGGGCUACAGCAGUGACAGUGAAGCAGUGAGCAGCGAGUCUGGGGUCGAGCAGACCGCUAGUGGUACGUCCACCGCCGAGCUGGCGGACAGUGACAGCACCAGGACGGGCGCCUAG